GUUUCCAAUUUUCAAAUUGGUAAAAUACUAAAAUCCAAAAUCAACCAACGAAGGUUAAAGCCUAAAGUCUGUCCGUCUUGGCCGACUGGUCGUUUUGCCCAAACGCUGCAAGCCUUCAAUUCUGCAAAGCCGUCUGUGUACAUACUUCAUAAACUUCCGAUCCACGAUGGUUGGGGAUCAUAGCUCCUGGUCGAGAGCGUUGACGCAGAUCUCUCCCUACACCUUUUCAGCUAUCGGUAUUGCCAUCUCCAUAGGCGUUUCAGUAUUAGGAGCUGCUUGGGGGAUCUAUAUAACCGGAAGUAGCUUGAUUGGCGCUGCCAUCAAAGCUCCUCGCAUUACCUCCAAAAAUCUCAUCAGUGUAAUUUUUUGUGAGGCAGUUGCUAUAUAUGGUGUCAUUGUGGCUAUCAUACUCCAAACAAAGCUUGAGAGUGUCCCUGCCUCCCAGAUCCAUGCACCAGAGUCCAUUGCAGCUGGCUAUGCAAUUUUCGCGUCAGGGAUAAUUGUUGGCUUUGCCAAUCUUGUGUGCGGGAUAUGCGUUGGAGUGAUUGGAAGCAGUUGUGCUUUAUCUGAUGCACAAAACUCUACACUUUUUGUUAAGAUUCUGGUGAUUGAGAUAUUCGGUAGUGCAUUGGGCCUCUUUGGAGUUAUAGUAGGAAUAAUCAUGUCAGCUCAAGCAACUUGGCCAUCCAAGGCUUAGUGAGUUGUGCUUCAGAUGUGCACAAGAAAGAAUAUUAAGCCAGACAAAGUCAUACGGAAUACGAAUAGGUUUGCGGCGUGCCAAUGAGGAUCUUGUAGUCCAAAUUUUGUUCCAUUCUGUGUGCCACUCUUUGUUGUUGGUUAGAUAGAAUGUGAAAAUAAAGUACAUGUUGUUUAUGGUUGUACGAGUAUCGUGUUUCCCGUGAAUGUAUAUUUGCAAGUUAAGAUGCCUUUUGUUUCUCCAGUUUACCUGUUGGUAUAUUUGCAAGUCAAACUGCCUACAAGCAAAUGAUUCUCUGUUGGUUAACUUGGUUUGUCCCUUGGCUAAUAUGUUUGGGCCAUUUAAUGUUUUGGUAUCCGCUGUUAUCUUCUGUUGUUUUAUCAUUUCAUAAAUUUUGUUUUCAAUUUUAUUGAUGGAUGAGAUGGUUCUCAUGGUUAAGGAGUUGAAGUUCAC